CCCGAGUGGAUGUGGGGUCCCCUGCCAGCUAACUGUCCAGGAGCUGCAGCCCCACGGCCCGAGGGGCUGGAUGCAGUGAGAGAGCCUCUCACAGGAUCCACGUGGUGACGUGGCAGCCAAGACGUGGAAGUUUGGGACUUCUCUUCCACCGCAGCAGAAUUUGGGGGGUGGGCAGGGGUGGGUCAGGGGGACACUGGGAGUCGCAAGACCCUUCACCUUCACUGUGGGCUUGGCUCAGGGAUGACAACGGGCAGAGUCAACCCUUACAGCAUCGUGUCCUCCGAGGAAGACGGGCUGAGGUUGACCACCAUGCCAGGUAUCAACGGCUUUGGCAAUGGGAAAAUCCACACCAGGAGGAAAUGCAGGAACAGGUUUGUAAAGAAGAAUGGUCAGUGCAACGUGGAGUUCACCAACAUGGAUGACAAGCCACAGAGGUACAUUGCAGACAUGUUCACCACGUGCGUUGACAUCCGCUGGAGGUAUAUGCUCUUGCUCUUUUCCCUGGCAUUUCUGGUGUCCUGGUUAUUGUUUGGGCUGAUUUUCUGGCUAAUUGCACUCAUUCAUGGAGACCUAGAAAACCCGGGUGGAGAUGAUACUUUCAAGCCUUGCGUUCUGCAGGUCAAUGGCUUUGUGGCUGCUUUUCUGUUCUCCAUCGAGACCCAAACGACCAUUGGGUACGGCUUCCGCUGCGUGACCGAGGAGUGUCCGCUCGCCGUCUUCAUGGUGGUGGUUCAGUCCAUCGUGGGCUGCAUAAUCGACUCUUUCAUGAUUGGUGCAAUAAUGGCAAAAAUGGCCAGGCCCAAAAAACGGGCCCAGACAUUACUUUUCAGCCAUAACGCAGUAGUGGCAAUGAGAGAUGGAAAACUCUGCCUGAUGUGGAGAGUUGGGAACCUACGGAAAAGCCACAUAGUAGAAGCCCACGUACGAGCUCAGCUAAUUAAGCCCAGGAUCACAGAGGAAGGGGAGUACAUCCCACUCGACCAAAUAGACAUUGAUGUGGGGUUUGAUAAAGGCUUGGACCGUAUUUUCUUGGUGUCUCCCAUCACCAUUCUCCACGAGAUCAACGAAGACAGCCCCUUGUUUGGGAUCAGCCGCCAGGACUUGGAGACAGAUGACUUUGAGAUCGUCGUCAUCCUGGAGGGCAUGGUGGAGGCCACAGCCAUGACGACGCAAGCUCGGAGCUCCUACCUGGCCAGUGAGAUACUGUGGGGCCACCGCUUCGAGCCCGUCUUGUUCGAGGAGAAAAACCAGUACAAAGUAGACUAUUCCCACUUCCACAAAACCUACGAGGUCCCGUCCACGCCCCGCUGCAGCGCCAAGGACUUGGUGGAGAACAAAUUCCUGCUGCCCAGCACCAACUCCUUCUGCUACGAGAACGAGCUGGCCUUCAUGAGCCGCGAUGAGGAAGAGGAAGACGAUGACAGUCGGGGUCUGGAGGACCUCAGCCCGGACAACAGGCACGAGUUUGACAGGCUUCAAGCCACAAUAGCGUUGGAUCAGCGGUCGUACAGGAGGGAGUCAGAAAUAUGA